AUGCCUUUAUCCUUCCGUGUGUUUUACAGGCCCAAAUCGCACUUGCAGUUUCGGCGACGGGCGGUAUUCGUAUUGGCAUUGGUUGCUCUCAUCACUUGGCAUCUACACUGGCAGAGGCACGACUCAUCAAUUGAAGUGACUCAAUACCCGCUGCUUUCAAGAUACGUCGCUGGCCAGAUUGGAGAUGGCGGAGCUUGGUACAUCCCACCAGGUUGGCUAGAGGGAUCUGACGCUACUGUUGAGAACAUCAUUGAUGCGGCCACUUUGGCUCUCAACGCAUCCAGAUCCCUUCCAGAGAGGCAAAUUCCGCACUCUGUUAUACCUCUCAUAAUCCAUCAAACAUGGAAGGAUACAAAUUACGAUCAAUGGCCGGAGACAUUCCGCCGGAGCGCGGAAACAUGGUUGUCAGGCGUUGACAAUGGCAACAUGGCCUACUUUCUGUGGGAUGAUAAUGGCAUGGCUCUGUUCAUGAGACAUUUCGCGCCUGAGAUAGAGAGCCUGUUCUAUGCACUGCCGAGCAAUGUGGAGCGAUCAGACGUGUUUCGUGUCCUGGUUUCUAAAUGGAUUGGAGGCAUCUAUGGUGAUAUGGACACCGAGCCCACUCGACCUCCGUCAAAAUGGGUUGCUCCUGCGGAUCUACAGCCCUGGCAAGAUCCGGAGACUGGCAAGGCGUACAAUUCAACUGAGCCCGUCAAAGCUAUCGUUGGACUCGAGGCGGAUUGCCUACCUGAAAGUGACCUCUACUGGGCUAUGGGAUACUUCUACCCUAUUCAACUAACGCAAUGGUCAUUUGCCUGGGCGCCCGGGCACCCUAUUCUGCAAUUGUUUAUUACCCGUCUGUUCGCAAUCGUUCAGGCGGUUUCCGAGAAAAAUGGAGGGCAGCUCCAAUCAUACUCAUCUCAAAGGGCUCUCUAUGAUAUUGACCCAUUAAACCUCACCGGCCCAGUCGCAUUCACGGACGCCGCUCGAGAGUGGUUGGAAACCGACCAGGAUCUACGAUGGAAUGCUCUAUCCGGUUUAACCGAUGGAGGGCUUAGCAAAUUAGUGGGCGAUGUUCUCGUCCUGCCUAUUACCGGAUUCAGCCCAGGAAGAGGUCAAUAUGGAAACAUGGGCUCGAAACCUGUUACAGAUCCUUCCGCUCGCUUAAUUCACCAUGCCCAGGGGUCCUGGAGAAAGACUAGCGUUCUAGUUGAGUAUGGCAAAUUUUGUCGCACCUUUUUCGGGCGCUGCAGGGAUUGGUCAAAAGUGCCUCAUAACUGGAUUUUUUGA